AUGCUGCUGUUGGGCCUGAUCAUGGUGUCGGCCUCCUUGGGCUACGUCAUCGCAAGGGCCUGCAGCCUCUUUGCCAACUACACAGCUGCCUGGCAGGUGGUGGCAGAGGCUGUGUCAACCCACCUGCCCCCCUCAGCCCAGCUCGGCCUACAAUAUGCCAGGUCCGAUGCCUUCUGCUUCCCACGUCUCAUCAUGCUCAGUCCCAGAAACACCAGCUUUGAGCUAGAGAAGCAGUAUGCCCCGAGCCGGUGGUCUCACCGCAUGGACAAGGAGGUGGUGAUAGAGGCCCAUGUCAGGGCGGUGACUGAAGGCACCCGGAGGGCCCAGGCCACCAUGCAGACCCUGCUGCAUGUCCCUUAUGGGGGCAGUGAUGGGGAGAAACUGGACAUUUACUUACCCACAGAUCCCUCUGGAGCCUUCCCCCUCGUCCUGUACAUCCACGGUGGAUACUGGCAGUUUUUAAGUAAGGAGGUGUCGGGCUUUAUAGCGCCCCCUCUGGUGACACAGGGCAUUGCGGUGGUGGCGGUUGGCUAUGAUGUGGUUCCGAAAGGCCACCUGGAUGUGAUGGUGGCGCAGGUGCGGCGCAGCGUGGCCUUCAUUGUGCAGCAGUAUUCAAAGAUCAGCGGAGUUUACCUGUGUGGACACUCAGCAGGGGCUCACCUGGCAGCCAUGGUGCUCUCAACUGACUGGGAGGAGUACGGAGUGACACCAGACAUAAAAGGAGCUUUUCUAGUGAGUGGAGUCUACGACCUCGAACCCAUCAUGCACACCUCCGUGAACAACCUGCUCCAUAUGAGCCGGGAGGUCGCCUGGAGGAACAGCCCCGUCCUAGGCGUGACAGCAGCGACGCCUGCCAGGAAGGCCUGUGAGGUGCUGAUCGCUGUGGCCCAACACGACUCGCCAGAAUUCCACAGACAAUCCCAAGAGUAUUUCCAGGCCUUGCGCUCAGCUGGCUGGAGAGUCUCUCUGCUGGACAUUGCUGACACGGAUCACUUUGACGUCAUUGAGAAGUUAUCCCAGGGGGGCUAUAUCCUGACUCAGGUGAUUUUGAACAUGAUUUCAAGAGCUUGAUUUGAAAGUGAUGGGAGCAAAAUGGAGGCUGCAAACCACAGUUCCACUGGCAGUCAGUCAGUGCCUGGUCCCCGUCUGACUGGGGCAAGACUAGCAUCUCCCUUGUGCAGCCCUGUCAGAAGUGCCCCGGCUGCUUGGGACAGACAGUUGCCUUUUCUGCCCCUCCCUGUCUAUCUAGUUCCAGUUCUGUGCAAUCCCUGAUGCUGCCUGGAACAGGGAAGGGCCAACUCUAGUGGGGCCUAUUAGAAUAUUCCCAAUGGUGCCAGUGGUUCUUGUGCCUGGUGUGCUGGGCACAUCACCCUUGUCACGCAGGCUGAUGCCUGGCUGCAGCGUACUGGCCAGACAGUCCAGUGGGGCUCUCCCUGGCUGUCUGGCUCCACUGUGGGUUUGCCCCUCACAGUUUCCCUGGAACUGGUUCUUGUGAAUAUUAAA